AUGGACGUGGACGUGGACGUGGACGUGGACGUGGACGUGGACAUAGACGUGGAUGUGGACGUGGACGUGGACGUGGACGUGGACGUGGACAUGAACGUGGACGUGGACAUGGACGUGGACGUGGACGUGGACGUAGACGUGGAGGUGGACGUGGAGGUGGAGGUGGACAUGGACGUGGACAUGGACGUCGACAUGGACGUGGACGUGGACGUGGACGUGGACAUGGACGUGGACAUGGACGUGGACGUGGACGUGGACGUGGACGUGGACGUGGACGUAGAAAUGGACGUGGACGUGGACGUGGAGGUGGACGUGGACGUGGACGUGGACCUGGAGGUGGACGUGGACAUGGACGUCGACAUGGACGUCGACAUGGACGUGGACAUGGACGUGGACGUGGACAUGGUCGUGGACGUGGACGUGGACGUGGACAUGGACGUGGACAUGGACGUGGACGUGGACGUGGACGUGGACAUGGACGUGGACGUGGACAUGGACGUGGACAUGGACGUGCACGUGGACAUGGACGUUGACGUGGACGUGGACGUGGACGUGGACCACGUGGACGUGGACGUGGACAUGGACGUGGACGUGGACGUGGACGUGGACGUGGACGUGGACGUGCACAUGGACGUGGAAGACGUGGACGUGGACAUGGACGUGGACGUGGACAGGGAUGUGGACGUGGAGGUGGACGUGGACGUGGACGUGGAGGUGGACGUGGAGGUGGACGUGGACAUGGACGUGGACAUGGAGGUGGACGUGGACAUGGACGUGGACGUGGACAUGGACGUGGACGUGGAGGUGGAUGUGGACAUGGACGUGGACGUGGAUGUGGACGUGGACAUGGACGUGGAUGUGGACGUGGACAUGGACGUGGACAUGGACGUGGACGUGGACGUGGACAUGGACAUGGACGUGGACGUGGACGUGGACAUGGACGUGGACGUGGACAUGGACGUCGACAUGGACGUGCACGUGGACAUGGACGUGGACGUGGACGUGGACGUGGACCACGUGGACGUGGACCACGUGGACGUGGACGUGGACCACGUGGACGUGGACGUGGACAUGGACGUGGACAUGGAUGUGCACGUGGACGUGGACGUGGACAUGGACGUGGACGUGGAGGUGCACGUGGACGUGGAGGUGCACGUGGACAUGGACGUGGACGUGGACGUGGAUGUGGACGUGGACGUGGACAUGGACGUGGACGUGGACAUGGACGUGGACGUGGACAUCGACGUGGACGUGGACGUGGACGUGGACAUGGACGUGGAGGACGUGGACGUGGACAUGGACCGUGGACACGUGGAGGUGGACGUGGAGGUGGAGGUGGACAUGGACGUGGACAUGGACGUCGACAUGGACGUGGACGUGGACGUGGACGUGGACAUGGACGUGGACAUGGACGUGGACGUGGACGUGGACGUAGAAAUGGACGUGGACGUGGAGGUGGACGUGGACGUGGACGUGGACGUGGAGGUGGACGUGGACAUGGACGUCGACAUGGACGUCGACAUGGACGUGGACAUGGACGUGGACGUGGACGUGGACGUGGACGUGGACAUGGACGUGGACAUGGACGUGGACGUGGACGUGGACAUGGACAUGGACGUGGACGUGGACAUGGACGUGGACAUGGACGUGCACGUGGACAUGGACGUGGACGUGGACGUGGACGUGGACGUGGACCACGUGGACGUGGACGUGGACAUGGAUGUGGACGUGGACGUGGACGUGGACGUGGACGUGCACAUGGACGUGGAGGACGUGGACGUGGACAUGGACGUGGACGUGGACAGGGACGUGGACGUGGAGGUGGACGUGGACGUGGACGUGGAGGUGGACGUGGAGGUGGACGUGGACAUGGACGUGGACAUGGAGGUGGACGUGGACAUGGACGUGGACGUGGACAUGGACGUGGACGUGGAGGUGGAUGUGGACAUGGACGUGGACGUGGACGUGGACGUGGACAUGGACGUGGACGUGGACGUGGACAUGGACGUGGACAUGGACGUGGACGUGGACGUGGACAUGGACAUGGACGUGGACGUGGACGUGGACAUGGACGUGGACGUGGACAUGGACGUCGACAUGGACGUGCACGUGGACAUGGACGUGGACGUGGACGUGGACGUGGACGUGGACGACCACGUGGACGUGGACCACGUGGACGUGGACGUGGACCACGUGGACGUGGACGUGGACAUGGACGUGGACAUGGACGUGCACGUGGACGUGGACGUGGACAUGGACGUGGACGUGGAGGUGCACGUGGACGUGGAGGUGCACGUGGACAUGGACGUGGACGUGGACGUGGACCUGGACGUGGAUGUGGACGUGGAUGUGGACGUGGACGUGGACAUGGACGUGGACGUGGACAUGGACGUGGACGUGGACAUGGACGUGGACGUGGACGUGGACGUGGACAUGGACGUGGAGGACGUGGACGUGGACAUGGACGUGGACGUGGACAGGGACGUGGACGUGGACGUGGAGGUGGACGUGGAGAUGGACGUGGACAUGGACGUGGACGUGGACGUGGAUGUGGACGUGGACGUGGACAUGGACGUGGACGUGGACCUGGACGUGGACGUGGACUUGGACGUGGACGUGGACGUGGACGUGGACGUAGACAUGGACGUAGACAUGGACGUGGACGUGGACGUGGACGUGGACGUGGACGUAGACAUGGACGUGGACAUGGACGUGGACGUGGACAGGGACGUGGACGUGGACGUGGACAUGGACGUGGACGUGGACGUGGACGUGGACGUGGACGUGGACAUGGACGUGGACGUGGACAUGGACGUGGACGUGGACGUGGACGUGGACGUGGACAUGGACGUGGACGUGGACAGGGACGUGGACGUGGACAUGGACGUGGACGUGGACAUGGACGUGGACGUGGACGUGGACGUGGACGUGGACGUGGAGGUGGACGUGGAGGUGGAGGUGGACAUGGACGUGGACAUGGACGUCGACAUGGACAUGGACGUGGACGUGGACGUGGACGUGGACAUGGACGUGGACAUGGACGUGGACGUGGACGUAGAGGUCGACGUGGAGGUGGACGUGGACGUGGACGUGGAGGUGGACGUGGAGGUGGACGUGGACAUGGACGUCGACAUGGACGUGGACAUGGACGUGGACGUGGACGUGGACGUGGACGUGGACAUGGACGUGGACGUGACUUGGACGUGGACGUGGACGUGGACAUGGACGUGGACAUGGUAG